CACACACACAAACACAGUCUAAAACACAUCAUGGUACUGAAAACCAACAUGAUUUAACUUCCUCUUUCCGAGUGAGUCCCUUGGUUUGUGGCGAAAAAUGAGAAAUAUCUUAUUUUAGGCAAAUGGACAGACUGACAGACAGAUAGACAGACAGACAGACAUACAGAUAGAUAGAUAGAUAGAUAGAUAGAUAGAUAGAUACAUGUAUUUUGAUAAAACAUUGAACAUCUGUCGAUGGCAUUGGAGUUUUUUGUUUGGUGGCCUACAGGAGUUUUCCUGCUCUUCAGAUGGUACAAAGGUCCGUUUCAACAGAAUUGUAUAAAAGUGACAUUUCCUUGACUGUAUCAUCAGCUGACUUCAAUCUAAACCACUCAUGCCAUAAAAGCUUCAUCCAUGAGGAAGUCUUUCUGGGAAAAAACAAAAACAAAACAUGAGGCGUGUUUGUGUUUAAGCCCCGCCCCCAGCAGAUACUUCAGUCUGACGAAGUUUGGGACUUCAGAUUCGUCCCACACACCUGAGAGCAUCAUUCACCUGCAGACAGGAAUAAGGGAAAUCUGCCAAAAUGUGCUGCAAGGGUUUCCUCAAAGUUAUGAUGUUCGUCUUCAAUGGCGUCAUCUUUCUGGCAGGUGCUGCCGUAUUGGGGGUAGGCAUUUGGGUGGCGGUGGACAGAGUCUCUCUUCUGGGCAUUUUAGAGGAUAUUGAAGAUGCGCCGCCCGAACUGGCCCAGCUGGCAAACAUUGGCUACGUGCUGAUCGGCGUGGGAUCGUUUCUGACGCUUAUGGGCUUCCUGGGAUGCUGCGGAGCCAUAAAGGAAAGCAAAUGCAUGCUGCUUUCGUUCUUCAGCAUCGUGCUCAUCAUCUUCCUCGUGGAGGUGGCAGCGGCGAUAGUGCUCUUCGUCUUUGAGCCUUUGGUUCAGAAAGCUCUGGAUGAAGUUGGACAGAAAGUUGUUGAAAGCAUUGUGCGCAAAUAUGGCGAUGAUGAGAGUUACACUUCAGUCUGGAAUGGCACUAUGUCUGAGCUGAAAUGCUGCGGAUAUAAUAAUUACACUGACUUCACGGACUCUCCAUUUGAAUCUACAGCAUCAUUAUAUCCCAUCAUGUGUUGCACAGACAGUUCAAGACUCUGUAAUGAAAAUGCAGCAAGAUCAGACUCUGUCGUGGGCUGCUUCCAGGCGUUAGUGAAUCUGAUCGAGGAUAAUGCAGUUCUGCUCGCUGGUGUGGCUUUGGGAAUCGCUGCUUUAGAGAUUGCAGCAAUGGUUGUUUCCAUGAUCCUCUACAUGAAUGUAGGAAAAUAAGACCAGGACCGACUACAGACGGCUCUGUUUACAUCACUGUUUACUGUAAAAUGUAACUAUUAAAUAUUUGAACUAGAGUUAUGUAAAUACUAUAUCUGCUGCAGUAUGAACGACAUUUGCACUAAAAUCUUUGAUAUUUUUUUGUUCUCUUUUAAACUAUUUUUUCCCUUUUAUCCCCAAGUAAAAGAAAAUUUUUACUCUGUGCUCAGCGUACUAAUAAAUGAGCCUGACUCCAAAGGUUUAAUAUAAAACAGUGUCGUGUUGAAUACUAUAGCUCAUUAAAGAUCACUACAACAUUUUCUACAUUAUCUUUGAUGCAAUAAAAAAGCCUACAUCCUGUAAUAUUUA